UUCUGCUUUAAUCUCAGGGGGGAGACUUUCCAAUAAAACAUAGGCCUCUGAUAUGGCCUUCAAUUUAAGCUGCUUACGCUUCGCCGUUACUUCUUUAAUGGGCCCCCGUACCCCCUCCUCAUGCUGCUGCCAGUUGGCCAGUGUGUCAUGGGUCCCUUGUACGGCCUCCCUUUGCUGCAUGUCUCCAGUGUACAAUCUGCCAUGUGCCACUUUCAGGUCUCCUCUCUACACUGCUGUGGGUUCCAUUUUGUCAUAGGGUGCUGUAUGGCCUCCAUUGCUGCUGCCUCAACCGCCACACUGUGGCUCCACACUCUGGUUUUGGCCCCGUGACUGCCAAAAUGAGUGAAGUGUGCGGUGAUUCUAAGAUCGACGGCACUCAUCUGCAUGUCAUACUG